UUUAUAAAUAUUAAAAACCUUGGACAUAACAAAAUAAAAAAGAUAACAUGCCUCUUUCUUUCAGCUUCUAAUGCUCAUCAUCUAUAUGAAUUGGCAUUAUUAGUAGAUCUGGUUUUACUGGAUAUUUUAGUAAAGUGCUUAGAAAGGCAUUAUAAUAAAAUAGUCUCUGACCUUCUCUGUAAAGCCUGUCCGUGUCGCGGCUGCAGGUGCGAUGCCAAGGUCGCGGUCGUCCCGCUGCAACGGCGCUCUGACCUGGUGGGUGCAUGUGCCGACCUGGCGAGCUCAGAGUGGCAGCGGAGCCGGGCCGCACGGAUCCACUCGCUUGAGAAAUUCUGCGAUGGCUUUCCGGUCUGCCUGGUGUUGGUGUCGCAGGCAGAUCAGCUGCUGGGUCACGCCAGGCUGUCUCUGGUGGUGAGUCAGCCACGCAGCAUCUUCGUGGAGAUGGUGGUGGUCUCCCGGGAGCUGAGAGAGAAGGGCUAUGGGUGCAGGCUGAUGGAGGCCACCGAGCGCUACGCCAGGUCCAGAGGAUUCUGGAGACUCUGGCUGAUUACACACGACAAGCAGCAUUUCUACGCACACCUGGGCUUCGUCCUCUCAGAGCCCGUGCAGAACGCAGGGUCAGUGACCACAUUCAUGCCCAAGGAGGUGCUCCAGAGGUUCUCCCGACCUCCGGCAACUGGCAGAGAAGGAGAAGAAUUGGGACUCAAUCGAAUGUCCUCACCUCCUCCAGUCCCCCCUUUAGCCCCCCUGCCCCCUUUUGAAACCCUCCCCUUGCUUGUCAAGCCCCUCCGUUAGCCCCAUUUCAGUUAAUGCCUACCCUUUCAGCCGAUAGUAAACAAACAGGUGACUAGCCCCCCCCUAACCAGUGGCUGUGUUUCUCUUCCUGUGCAAUCACUACAUAUACUGAGCAAAGACCCACCUGCAUUAUUACAAUGCACACAUUACAGGCUUCAGUUUCAUAGCUUAAACCGAUCGACGUGGAUGAAAUGAAUGGAAGCACUUAAAUAGAACACCACAGGUCUGUUCUCCCACAAUGUAUAAUAUAUUGAAAAAUCCAAACUCUUACAGAACUUUAUUUUGUGUGAAAGGAAAGAUACCAAAAUAUCCAGACACAAUGUUUGUUAUUUUAAAGUAUGUUUUUUUUUUUUUUUUUAAUAAAUCUCUUUUGAUGAUUUAAAUGUAGCAUGAUAUUCAUAAAAAUUAAUUAAAUAAAUAAAUAAGUUCUAGAUUGUUGAUGACUAACAGCCCGGAAAGGUUUCAUGACUCUUUUAACAGGCCACAAUUAACUUUAAAUAAGUUGCAUGCUCUUUUAUAAGCUAAGCCACUUCACAGAUGCAUCAGCUGCAGGGUCAGCCUUGUGCAGAUGUCCUCAGUUUCAGGGGACCUGACUCUCACCUCAGUAUCUAACUACUGUGCCCCAUGGCAGAUUUCAGGUUGUACAUCAAGGGAGGAAGCUAUUUGAGAACAUGAAAAACAAUAUAUAAAACUAUUGUUAAGUCGUAACAUUUUGAUAUAAAUCUUCUGUAAAAUUAUACAAUUAUCAUUUACUUUUAGUAACAACUUUUAGUUGUUUGCAAAAAAAAUCUUUAAUCAGAGCUUUUUGCUGUUGUUCGUGAGACUGCAUUCCAGUUGACUGUUUUAAAAUGUUACCAAGAAAACGUACACAGUUUUUCUCUGUGUUGCAGGGAGGGCGUCACUGUAAGAAAC